CUGCCUGCGCACGGGAUGGACCCGCCCCGGCCGGUCCGACCGGCUUGGUCGCCUCGACCCGUUCGGCCGCCCCGACCGGCUCGGCCGCCGCCGUCUCCGAGCGGUGUUCCGCCGCGGCGGGUCGGGCGGAGGGGGGCGGCGGGACAGGCGGCACCGAGGGCAGCCCCGGGGCAGCCAGCCGGGGCGGGGGGCGGUGGAGCGGGACGGGAGAGCGGAGGGUCGCCCUGCAGCGGAGCCGUGAGGAUGAGGGGCCGGAUCCCACCUGCGCUCGGCCUGGCCCUGGCCAUGGCUGCCCUGCUGCCCGCAGCCGGCGCCCGCCGGAGCCAGGACCUGCACUGCGGAGCGUGCCGGGCGCUGGUGGACGAGCUGGAGUGGGAGAUCGCCCAGGUCGACCCCAGGAAAACCAUCCAGAUGGGCUCGUUCCGCAUCAACCCCGAUGGCAGCCAGUCGGUGGUGGAGGUGCCCUACGCCCGGUCGGAGGCACAUCUGACGGAGCUGCUGGAGCGGGUGUGCGAGAAGAUGAAGGAAUACGGGGAAAAAGUGGAUCCCUCCACCCACCGUAAGAGUUACGUCCGGGUGAUCUCCCAUGACGGGACCAAGAUGGACCUUUCCGGGGUCAAAAUUGAUGGAGACGUGGCUUCUAGCCUGAAGUUUGCGUGCGAGAGCAUCGCCGAGGAGUACGAGGACGAACUCAUCGAAUUCCUCUCCCACGAGGCCGACAACGUCAAGGACCGGCUCUGCAGCAAGCGGACGGACCUGUGUGACCACGCGCUGCACAUCCCGCACGACGAGCUGUGACACAGGAGGCCCCGGCUGCCGCCGGAGGAUGGUGCCAGCCCGACCCGGCCACCUCGUGGGACCAGGAUGACACCGGGCUCCGUCCGGGUGUCCCCCUACCUCUUGGAUUGCCUCGUCCGUCCCCCCCCGCCGGGCUGGGCAACCGCGGAGCUGUGGCAGACCCCCCCUCGCCCGCUCGGAUGCUCUUGUCCUAUUUAUUCCCUGUCCGUCCGCCGCUGCCACAGGGGCACCAGGACGCUGGCCCCGCUCCCCGAUGAGGUGGCCACGGGGGCCGGAGCCGUGUCCUCAUUUCCCAGCGGGACAUUUCACAGGUGGCUGCCAGCCCGGGACCUGCCGGGGGGACACCGCAGGGGACAGCGGGGCCCAGCUGCCCCCGUCGGGACGGGGCGUUCGGGCACCGGGGCCGGUUUUGCUGCAGGCAAUAAAGGGGCAACGCGGUGGCCGCGCCGCGGGCCCAGCCGAG